AUGGAUUGGUGCUGGUUUAUCUUUCUGUGUUCAAUUAGUUUAGCAAAAGCACAAUUUAGUGUUUAUGAUCAAACAAUCAUUCCAUUUAGUAUUUAUAAUGCAGAUGGAAAUCCCAAUAACAUUAUAACAAACAUUCGUUGGUGUUGUGUGAAUGAACGUGAAUAUGAGAAAUGUUUAACUUGGUCGAAUGCAUUAACAUCAUCGAACAUAACUCGUUCUUCACUUGCUUGUAUUGCUGGUUUGGAUAAAUUUGAUUGUUAUCGUAAAAUUUUCAACGAUGAAGCUGAUUUAAUGACUGCUGACUCAGGAGAAAUUUAUACAGCUGGUAGAUAUUAUAAUCUUGUUCCAAUUGCCAAUGAACUUUAUUCACCUGUUUACAAUGGUCCAAGUGCAAAUACAUAUUAUUCAGUUGCUGUUGUUCGUGCUGGUUCAAUGAUAAAUUUGAAUAAUUUACAAGGUGCUCGUUCAUGUCAUUCUUCUGUUGGUUCAUCAUCAGGAUGGAAUCAACCAAUUUCCCAAUUAUUACGUGAUCGUCGAUUGAAUAUUAUUGAUUGUAAUAAUCAUGUGAAAUCUGCUGCAUUAUUAUUUGGUUCAAUGUGUGCACCAGAUGCAUUAAAUCGACAAUUUAAUCCAACAGGAGAUAAUCCUUCAACAGUUUGUGAUCUUUGUCAAGGUUCAACAGGAAAUACAUUUUGUACAAAUCAAGAUCCAUAUGCAGGAAAUAUUGGUGCAUUGACAUGUUUACUCAAUCGUGGUGAUAUCGCUUUUGUUCGUCAUACAGCUUUGAUUGAAUUUCAAGCACGUGAUCCAUCAUUUCCAAUGGAUCAAUUUCAAUUAUUAUGUACAAAUGGUCAACGUGUGUCUUGGCAACAAUUUCAACAAUGUAAUUGGGGUAUCGCACCAGCAUCAGCAAUACUUGUUUCUCAUCGUCGUCCAAAACAAUUACGUGAUAUUUAUCGAAGACUUUUAUCUGAUUCGGCAAAAUAUUUUUCUGCUCAAAACCCAACAUUCCAAUUAUUCAAUUCUCAACGUUUUCAAGGAACUGAUUUACUUUUUUCCGAUGCUACAAUUGAUUUUAAUUUACUUGAUGAUAAAACUUCUUAUACAAAUUAUCUUGGUGUGGAAUAUUUGGCGAUGUUAUCUCGUUUAUACGAAUGUCCAUUACGUGUUUUACGUUGGUGUGUUUUAUCUUCUUAUGAAAAAGAGAAAUGUCGUUUAAUGAAAAAUGCUUUUGCACGAAAAAACAUCAAACCUGAUGUUGAUUGUGUUUCAGCUAAAAAUGCCAUGGAAUGUAUGUCGAAGAUUCGCCAAGGAAUUGCUGAUAUUAUUACAUUGGAUGCUGCGGAUGCAUAUCGUGCUCAACGUUAUUAUCAAUUAGUUCCAUUAGCAGCAGAAGAUUAUGGUGUUGAUAUGGAAUCCAAUGUAAUGUAUGCAGUUGCUGUUGCUAAACGAACAGAUUUAACAACAAAUUUAUGGAAUUUACGUGGUAAAACAAUCUGUUCAACUGCAAUGGGAGAUUUAGCUGGUUGGCAUGUUCCUGUAGAUUAUUUAAGUGCUAUUAAAGAAACUUAUGUGACAAAUUGUCAUAUCAAUAAAGUUGCCGGAGAAUAUUUUGGACGAAGUUGUGUUCCAGGUGCAUUGGAUUAUGAUUAUAAUCGAUUAAAAACAAAUCCACGAGCUCUAUGUUUGAAAUGUUAUUCCAAAGGAUCAGAUUAUUGUUCGCGUUCACAACGUGAAAUGUUCUAUGGAAGUUCAGGAGCAUUUCGUUGUUUAACUGAAGGAACUGGUGGUCAUGUUGCUUUUGUAAUGCACACAGCUGUUAUUUCAAAUACAGAUGGAAGAAAUGUUGAUCAAUGGGCACGUCCAUUACGUGCAAUUGAUUUCGAAUUAUUAUGUAAAAAUGGAACAAGAAAAACAAUUGAAGCUUAUAAAAGUUGUCAUAUGCUCAAAGUUCCUGCAAGAGUUUUAAUGACUUCAACUUUAUUACCUGAUUUGGAUAAACUUUAUAUUUGGAAUAUGCUUAAUUUUGCUCAACAAUUAUUUGGAUCUGAUACAAAUAAAGAUUUUACAAUGUUUGAUUCAUUUUAUGAACAUCCUGAUUUGAUAUUUUAUGAUGCAACAGUGCAAUUAACACGUUUAACUAUAUCACUUGAUGAUUAUCUUGGUCCAGAUAUAAUUCAAUUAUUACUUCGUACAGAUCCACGAAUGUAUUUAUUUAAAUAUGUGAAUCAAAUGAAAUCUUUAUUGGAAACGAAAUCAAUUGAAAUUGAUCAAAAUAAAAAGAUUUGCUCGUUGAAAUUUGCAUUUUAG